AAAUAUUUAAUGCCCACGGCUGUUGUAACUUGUGACGUGCCAGCUGAGCUUGCAAGGUUAACUGCAGGUUAGCACUGACAGUGUAGCAAUAACAGCUACUGGGAAACAUUACAGAGAAAGAAAGUGCAACUAAAACAGAGACAGACAACGAAGGCGACAUCUUGUAUCUCGUUUAAAUCUUAAAACCGUAAGCCAUUUCAGGUGUUGAACAGAUCAGUGCUCUGAAAUAAGUUUCACGUGGUGAGAAAUCAAAGCAAUGACAAUAGCUGAAUGACAUCGUUAACUCUGAUUCAGCUUUUUAAUGUCGUUAAACUACUUACAAGUUGUUACAUAUGCCGGCCUUAAUAGUUGAUUACUUUAGGUGGUGCAAUUAACUACAUUCAGACUACCUUCAGCUUAAUUAAAAUGUAGCAUAUUUCCCCAUCUUUGUGAUGCUUUAUGUAUUACAGUAUCUGAACAGGCCAGCUGUGAUUGAUGAUUUGUUAAACCAGCAAAAGUUUUAUUCCAAGAUUUUUCUGUUACUCAUUUCAAAGGAAUGUGCAGCAGAUGGCGUUCCCCAAUUUGUUCAUUUACCCUGAGAAGACUGGAAGAGGGGAAUGAGUAUCAGUUUCUAAUCGGUGCUUUCUCUGUGAAAACUUUCCCGUACUCCUUAUAAGGCAUUGACCGCCGGCUUAAGUAAUGUUACUAGGAAGCACCAUAGUAACAGUCUGAGUGGUAAUCUUCAACUUGCCAGACUACAUCCCCACCUCUGUCUAGUUCUGUGGAGUUGGAGAGAGUACAACUAAUACAACAGCAGCAUCGAAUGCAUAACGGCCCACGGGAUUUCUGGUAGCGAGGUCGUAUAACGGAAAAGGAGCGAACAAUUCAAAUGGGGAAAUCAGCUUCAAAACAGUUUGCUGAUGAAAUUCUGAAAGUCCACAACGAAUACAGGAAGAAACAUGGUGUUCCUCCCCUUAAGAACAGUAAAAAGCUGAACAGAGAAACACAGCAGUAUGCUGAAGCAUUGGCCAGCACAAGAAUUCUUAAACACAGCACUGAAUCCAGUAAAGGACAAUAUGGAGAAAACCUAGCGUGGGCUUCAUAUGAUCAACCGGCAAAAGAUGUGGUGGACAGAUGGUAUAGUGAAAUAAAAGUUUACAACUUCAAUUGCCCAGGAUUUUCAUCUAGCACAGGUCAUUUUACUGCAGUGAUAUGGAAGAGCUCCAAGAAAAUGGGCGUUGGAAAGGCUACGUCAAGUGAUGGUUCUAGCUUUGUUGUAGCAAGAUAUACUCCAGCGGGUAACAUUACAAACAAGGGAUUUUUUGAGGAGAAUGUCCCUCCUCCAAAGAAAAGUAGAUAAACAAAGACCAAAUAAAUAGGUUACGUGGAGACAAAAUAAUCCAUGUUUUGAAAUGCUAAUCAUAUUGGCAAACUUUGCUUUAGUAUGCCGGUCAAAGUGGCAGCAUGUUGAUUCACAUCUGCAUUGCACAGAAACUGUAUUUCAUGUAUUGGCUGAUUGAAACCUCCCAAGAAGUAAGCUGAUAUGCCACAAGGUCAAAUGACUGUUUAGCUGUGAUUUUUACUGUAAACUGUGAUUUCUAGAAGUUGAAUGUAGUUCUGUUGAGUUAACUUCCAGGAUUGUUUUAUAGAUGUUUUUAAAAUGUGUGUGAUCGGAAAGUAACAGUGAUAUAAUAAAGUGCACUUAUUACUUUGAUGAAUGAGAAGUGUAUGGAAGCAUCUUGGCAGUUUAGGAUGCCAGAUCAUUUUCAUUCCUUUCACAGAAGUAGCAUCUGUCAUGUUUUUGGCAAUUAAUUUUAUAAAGACAAAUCUUGUAAUUAAGGUCAUACAAGGGUUUUCAGCCAUUAAAAUGUUUAACUCUCAGAUUAAACCACUUAAAAUA